GGUCCUUAAGCUGCGCACCACCCACCCGUCCCUCCUCUCUCUUAAUUUCUCGAAAAUCUCACAAAAUGGGAUCAAAAGUCGUAUCACUGAAAUCGUAACGAACCUUCACAGAAAUUCAACGAAAACUCUUCAUAUGAUUUUGUCUCUAUAUACACCUUUUUGAUUCUUUCGUUGACAAUAAGCUUUUGAUUGACCCUAGGGUUUCGUUUGGAACUGUGGACUUUUUUAGGGUUUCUAGACAUUGAGGAGGAGGGAGUUAGGGUUUUGAAUUGAUCUGAGAUUGCGAUGUUGAUGGCAGACGGUAGCUCCAACCUUUUACCCUUGGAUGAAUCAUCGGCCAGUGACGAUUAUUCCAAUGAUCUCUACAUCGAUCUGGAUUCGUUGUGGAGCAUUCUUGGAGAGAAUCCCGAUCCUGCACAGAGUAGGCCAGAGGAUUCCUCAUUAAGUAAUGUGCCCCAAGGGUUGCCGAAGAUGGAACAGGCACCUUCUUUUGGGGCUGAGUUACCAGGCUCUGUUGCAUUUUCACCUUCAUUCAAUCCAGAUUCUUCAUAUUCAAGGAUGGGGUUUUCAGAUAAUUCAUUUCAGUCCACAGGGAACUAUUUUAAAAAGCUGGAACCUCCUUUGCAGAUUGACUCCCCUGUGCUUAGCUGCUCCGGGAGUCUUACUGACUGGAUGCCAGCGGUUCCAGGAUAUGGCCAUUUCAGUGCAGAUAGGGAUGUAGUUACUCAGAAUUCCUCGCCUUUUAACCUAGAUGACAGUAAAGACCCUCAAAACAAUACAUCUGAUGGUACUGACACAUUUAGUUUUGCUGCUGGUGAGGUUAAUCCUGUUUCCGCAAAAAGAGAGACUCCGGAUUUUAGUUCCCUGAAAGAUUCCCACCACAUCCAAUUGAUAGAGAAAAUGGAUGUGAAUUAUGAAAAACAUUGUGAUUCAAGUGAAUAUAGUUUGAAAACCUUAGAAGCCAACAUAGAGGAAGCUUCUUUCAUGGAUAUUGGUAUUCCUGAUAUUUUGUGUGGACCUGGUGAUGAAUACUCAAGUUUGUCGUAUUGUUCGAGUACAGACGAUUUGUUUGACUCUGGUUCCGUGAAACAAUUUUUCCCCGAUAGUUUUUAUAUUCAAUCCAUGUCUCCCACUGGUGAAACUAUGAUCAACAUGAAACAUGUAGGAGGGGAGAUUUUAACUCAGAAUGCAACCUUAAAUAAUGCUUUUGAGGCUCAGAUUGGAAGAACAGGUGAACCUGUAAUGGAUGCUGAACGUACCAGUAGCUCUGAUGCCAGGGUGCCUAAGGUCAAGUGUGAAGGUGGCUACUAUAUAUCUCCAAAUAGCAGUAAUUUGUCUUAUGGAAACAAACCAUCAACACAUCUGCUGCCUCAUACUCAAAACAAGUUUAGCACAAAGCAAACGGUUUGCAUGAAGGACGAAAAGAAUGAUGAACUGGUUGCAUUGCAGAGCAUGGCACACCAAUCCUUUGAAGGCGAUGACAUGGUUUGUGGGAUGUCUUCUGGUGUUGGUGAUCAGCUGUCUGCUGAUAGAGGCUUGAGGCAAUCAUUAUCUGGUGUUCCACCUUCCAUGUCAAGUGAGAAUCAUGUGAUUAUAAAGGAUGAAAAAGAUGUAUUCCCUGCAUCUAAGAGACGUAGCCAUUCUUGUUUCAGAGAUGAAAGUGAUUGUAGAAAUCCCACUUUGGUUGCAGAUGGUCAUUGUCUGGAUGUAAAGAUCCCAGUGCAGCCCCAUGUCCAGGCAUCCACCUCAAUUACAAAGCGUCACCUAAUGGAAGGAAACGAUAGUUCACUGACUCCACCUAAGGGAAUAGGUUCUCAUCUUUUAGAAGUCGACCAUCAAGUUCAGAAUAAUGCAUUGGACUCCAGAUCUCAUGUUGAUGAUGACUCUGACAUAUGUAUACUUGAAGAUAUGAGUGUUCCUGCUCGUGUAAGUCCAUCUCCAGUGAAUGGGACAUCCCUCGUGACUUCACAGACUUCACAGUGUGCUACAUUUAGUAAGCCCCUUAAUCACAAGGGAGUGGGAGGUCUGAGGCUUAGGACAAAUGAUGAGCGAUUCAUUUUUCGAGUUGCACUGCAGGAUCUCUCGCAGCCAAAAUCAGAAGCUACCCCACCAGAUGGUGUUUUGGCUGUUCCUCUUCUGAGACACCAGCGAAUUGCUUUAUCAUGGAUGGUCCAUAAGGAGACAGUCAGCUUACAUUGUUCUGGAGGGAUUCUUGCGGAUGAUCAGGGACUGGGAAAAACAAUAUCAACUAUUGCGCUUAUAUUAAAGGAAAGAUCUCCAUCCUCUAAACUGUGUAGUACAACCGAAACAAAACAAACUGAGAUGGAGACACUAAAUCUGGAUGAGGAUGAGGAUGAGGAUGAACCUAAGCUUGAUGGAUUGAAGCAAGCUGCCCAAUCUUUUCAAGUUAAUGGAAGCACAAUUGAUUGUAGGAGCACUUCUGUGCUAGGAAAAGGUAGGCCAGCUGCUGGUACCCUUGUUGUUUGUCCUACUAGUGUCCUUCGGCAAUGGUAUGAGGAGCUGGGUAAUAAGGUAACCAGCAAAGCAAAUCUAUCCGUUCUACUAUAUCAUGGUGGCAACAGAACGAAAGAUCCAUUUGAGCUGGCCAAAUAUGAUGUCGUACUUACGACAUACUCUAUCGUAAGCAUGGAGGUCCCAAAGCAGCCUCUUGUCGAUGAAGAUGAUGAUGAGGCCGGAAAGCAAGGUCAAUUUCCACCUAUGGGAUUUUCAUCCAGUAAAAAAAGGAAAUAUCCUCCUAGCUGUGAUAAAAGAUCUUUGAAGGGUAAGAAAGGAAUUGAUAAUGAUUUGCUUGAAUCUACUGCUCGACCUCUUGCCAGGGUUGGAUGGUUUAGGGUUGUACUGGAUGAGGCUCAAAGCAUAAAGAAUCACCGAACUCAGGUAGCUAGGGCUUGUUGGGGUCUCCGUGCGAAGCGUAGAUGGUGCUUGUCAGGAACACCCAUCCAGAAUGCAGUUGAUGAUCUUUAUAGCUACUUCAGGUUUCUGAGAUACGACCCAUACGCUGUAUAUAAAUCAUUCUGCUCUACUAUAAAGGUCCCGAUUCAUAAGAAUCCAACAAAUGGGUACAGAAAGCUACAAGCUGUCUUGAAGACAAUAAUGCUACGUCGAACUAAAGGCACACUGCUCGAUGGGGAACCAAUCAUUAACCUACCACCCAAAACGAUAGAGUUGAAAAAAGUGGAUUUUACAAAGGAGGAGAGGGACUUCUAUUGCAGGCUAGAGGCUGAUUCACGUGCACAGUUUGCAGAAUAUGCAGCUGCUGGCACUGUCAAACAAAACUAUGUCAAUAUUCUACUGAUGCUUCUGCGUCUUCGACAAGCUUGUGAUCACCCUCUUCUUGUUGGUGGGUGCAAUUCCAACUCAGGGUGGAGAUCUUCUGUUGAGGUGGCAAAGAAACUUACUCGGGAAAAACAAGUUUCUCUUUUGAAUUGUUUGGAAGCGUCUUUGGCAAUUUGCGGCAUUUGCAAUGAUCCACCUGAAGAUGCUGUUGUAACAAGCUGUGGGCAUGUCUUUUGCAAUCAGUGCAUAUCUGAACAUCUAACAGGUGAUGACCACCAGUGCCCCACUAGAAACUGCAAAGCUCAACUCAGUGUAUCUUUGGUAUUUUCUCGAGCCUCGCUGAGAAGUUCUCUAUCUGAAAAUACUGCCAACAGUUGUGGUUCUGAACUAGCCGAGACACCUGAGCCUAGUGCUUUGGGUUGCUUACUUGAUUCAUCCAAAAUUAAAGCUGCUCUCGAGGUAUUGCAGUCUUUGUCUAAACCACUGGCUUGUGCAUCAAGAACAAGUUCUUCGACGUCUAUUGAUGAAGGUGCCACUUUGGAAAUUUCAUCUGAUCCUCUUUCGGUGGGAUUACAAAGGGAUAUGCCUGAUAACAGAAGUUUGGAUUUCGAUGGAUCUUCAAACGAUAUGGUUCCAAUGAUGGGAGAGAAAGCAAUUGUGUUCUCUCAGUGGACAAGGAUGCUUGAUUUGCUUGAAGCAUGUCUUAAAAAUUCUUCCAUAAAGUACAGAAGGCUUGAUGGAACAAUGUCUGUUGUUGCCAGAGAUAAAGCUGUGAAAGAUUUCAACACGCUCCCAGAGGUAUCUGUUAUGAUUAUGUCUUUGAAAGCGGCAAGCCUUGGAUUGAACAUGGUUGCAGCUUGUCAUGUCCUCCUCCUGGACCUCUGGUGGAACCCUACAACUGAAGAUCAAGCAAUUGACAGAGCACAUCGGAUUGGUCAAACACGUCCCGUUACAGUUUUGCGGUUGACAGUGAAAGAUACAGUUGAAGAUCGUAUUUUGGCUCUUCAGCAAAAGAAGAGAGAGAUGGUUGCAUCUGCAUUUGGAGAAGAUGAGACGGGCAGUCGUCAGACUCGCCUUACUGUGGAGGACUUAAAAUACCUUUUUAUGGCUUAGUUUGGGUUUCUUUUAUGGUUCGACUAAAGUUUCUGAAACCUAGUGGGCCUUGGAUGCUCUUUGUCGGAUUCGUCGUGACCACCAGCACCAGCAGUAUGAUCAAUUCAUCAUUUUAACAGUUGAAGCUUUGUCUGAGAGUAGAUGGUUAGGAGUAACAGGAAAAGAGGAUCUCUCAAUUUACAGGAUGAUCAUGAGUUUUUUUCUUCAAAAAGAAUCCAAACACAAUCCAUUUUUUUGACAAUUGAUUACUCUUUGUAUAGGAAUCUGGGGAAGUUUAGUUGCUUACAGAAAAGGGUAGAUAGGAAGUCCAUGGAUAUUCUUUAAUUUGGAGUGUAAAUGAUAGAGUUCUUCUUCUAUUUUGGCUCUGUUUUUUCUUCAUUGUAAUUUUUAUCCCCUUCGUGGGCAGCUACUUUAAACGCUACUUUGAUUGGUUAAUAUGAUUAUGUUUUUGUGUAAUGAUAGCAUUCAAAAUUAAGGGUA